GUUAUUAAUUACUUCAUUCACCAACCUCAGUAUUACAUAAGCCUUUAAUUUGUUAAUAAUCAAACAGUCUUCAACUUUUCAUAACCUAACCCUUCAUGGAAAACUCAAAAUUUCCACAUCAAACUCACACCACCACCAACAACAAAAUUUCCUUAAUCCCUCAUGAAAUAGAUAAAUCCAACACUAACAAAAUUCCAAAAACCUCAAACAAAAGUCAUCACAAAAAGUACCUAGGAGUAAGACAAAGACCCUCAGGAAGAUGGAUAGCUGAGAUAAAAGACUCAUCACAGAAACUAAGACUAUGGUUAGGAACUUUUGACACACCAGAAGAUGCUGCCAUGUCUUAUGACUCAGCUGCAAGGCUUCUUAGAGGAAGAAAUGCCAAGACUAAUUUUCCAAAUACUCGGGAACAAGAUUUCGCCAUUUUGGGAAAGAAUCCUAGAGCUCUUCAACUUCUUAAGCAUGCAAUGAUGAAAAACCAUGCAGUUUCUUCAUCUACUUCUGUUUAUUCUACUGUCAUGAUGCCGUGGAAGAAUGACGCGGUUGUCGAGGAAACUAUAGUUUGUUCUAUUGCUGAUGAUGAAGGUUCUAGUGGAUUUUCAUUUGGAAGUUCUAAGGUUUAUUCUUCUGUUGUUGUUGCUCCUUCUUUUAGUGCUUCUUAAUUCUCAUUAUUGCUAAUUAAUUAGUGUUAAGUGAGCCCUUAAGCCAGUUUGUCUUAAUUAUUCUUUCUUCUUUAUUUUGUUAAUUCAAGUUAUUAAUUUUUUUAUGUUGAUUGUAUAUCUCAUGUGUUGGGUUGGAUAGAAAAGGAUGGAGUAUAAAACAAAAUAAAAUAGGAACUCAUUCAUCUAUCAUGUUAGAACGUUAUCUCAAUCUUAAUCCUAUUAUAACUUUCACAACCAUGUAAACUUUUAUAAAUAAAUCACAGAUUCAUAAAUAUGUAAUAGAUUGAGUCGUUAAGCCCAUCAAUAUUAAUGAUAAUGAUACAGUGAAUGAGAGGUUGAAGGAGUUCCACUUGACGCGUCUCUCAAUUAUAGUUAUGUGAUGGGGCUUGCUGAAACAAUUGGCGAAGGUUUUUCAUGUUGCGAGUAAAACAAUUUAUGAGGACGGCUUCAUGGAUUAUGUAACCUAUAUCAUAGAUUACUUGACAAAUGAUGAUAAACUGAGAG